AUGAGCGGCAAAUUCGUCAGAGCCUCCAAGUACAGGCACGUGUUUGGCCAGGCGUCCAAGAAAGAGUUGUGUUAUGAAAACUUGAAAAUCACCAAGAACGCAUGGGACUCCAACAUCAUCACCACCAAUGGCAAAUACUUGGCCUGUAACUGGGACGCGUCUGGCGGUGGCGCUUUUGCCAUCAUUCCUUUGUCCGAACCAGGUAAGGCUCCCGACACGGUGCCGUUGUUCCGUGGUCACAAAGGUCCAGUGUUGGAUACCGCCUUCAACCCAUUCAAUGAGCAGCAGGUGAUCAGUUGCUCCGACGAUGGUAACAUUUUGUUGUGGGACAUCCCAGAGGACUUCUCUUUCCACCACUACGUGGACGAAAACGACAACCCCAAGGACAUUGUGGAACCCACCAAGGUCCUUUCUGGCCAUAAGCGUAAAGUAGGCCACGUAGCCUUCCACCCUUGUGCUGAGAACGUCAUUGCCUCCUGCUCCUUGGACUACACCGUCAAGAUUUGGGACUUGGAGUCUGGUGAAGCCAAGCUCACCUUGCCCCACAAGGAUUUGGUCACUUCCUUCGCCUUCAACUACAACGGAUCUCUUUUGGCCACCACCUCCAGAGACAAGAAGUUGAGAAUCUGGGACGUCAGAGCCGAGAAGGUCAUUUCUGAAGGUCCUGGUCACACUGGUGCUAAACCAUCCAGAGUGGUUUGGGCCGGUAACACCAACAGAGUUAUCACCACUGGUUUCUCGCGUAUGUCCGACAGACAGGUUGGUGUUUGGGACGUGGACAACAUCGAGGCUGGUCCUAUUGGUGGCUUUAUUGUCAUUGACGCUUCUUCUGGUGUCUUGAUCCCAGUCUUCGAUGAGUCAAACAACAUUUUCUACAUCGCCGGUAAGGGUGAUGGUAACAUUCGCUACUACGAGUACGACAACGAUGAGCUCUAUGAGUUGUCGCAGUUCCCAUCCACCGAUGCCCAGAGAGGUUUCGCUUGGGCUCCAAAGACCGCUUGUAAUGUUAAAGAUAAUGAGAUCUUGAAGUCUUUCAAGACCGUCAACGACCUGAGCGUCGAACCUGUGUCGUUCAUCGUUCCUAGAAAAUCCGACAACUUCCAGGAGGACAUCUACCCUGAUGCUCCUUCCAACAAGCCUGCUUUGUCGUCUUCUGAUUGGUUCUCGGGUAAGGAGGUCAACGGUCCAUUGUUGGUCAAGAUGGAGUCCAUCUACGAGGGUAAGCUGGGCGAAAUUACCGAUUCUAAGCCUGCUGUCAACAUCUCUGAGGUGAAGAAGGAGGUCCAGGCCCAGAAAGAGGCUGCUUCCAAGAAGCGGGAGAGUCCAAAGAAGGAGGAGCCAAAGAAGGAGACCCCCAAGUCCACUCCAGAACCUGCCAAGGAGGAGAGCCCCAAGGAGAACGUUGACGAUGUCUUGAAGUCUUCUAGCGAAGUUGACAACCUCCUCACGAAGGUGACCGACGAGUCGGAUGAUGAAGACUCCAGACAGCUCAAACAAGACGAAGGCAAAGAUGAAGACUGGGAGGAGGUCAAGAAGCCUGAGUCCUUGAAGGAAUCUACCCCUGAGCUGGCUAAGAAGGAAGACUACAUCUCUAAGUUGAAGCCUAAGAGCAAAGAGGUGUCCAAGGAGGAGCCAAAGAAGGAGGAGCCAAAGAAGGUCGAGGAACCUAAAAAUGAGGAGCCAAAGGUUGAAGAGCCAAAGGUGGAGCCCAAGAAGGAAGAACCAAAGAAAGAGGAGCCAAAGAAGGAGGUGAAGAAGGAAGAGCCUAAGAAGGAUGACUCCAAGAAAGAUGAGAAGGCUGCUGGUGCGCCUACCUUGAGAUCGACUGUUGACAAACUUGCAAAGCUUGUGGAAACGUUAGAGGGUCAGAUCGGUAAGUUGACCGAGGCCAACGCCGAGAAGAACACGAGAAUCGAGCUGUUGGAGCAAAAGAUCGAUUCUCUUUUGCAGAAAUAG